UCUUCAGCCAAAUGCGCCAACUCGACAAGAAAUGCCGCGCUGCAUGGCAGUGGCAGUAUAAUGCUACGAGACGAGCUGGGCAAGAUGUCCACCCGUCGUUGGUGAGUUUCGCAUUUUCUGUUGCACUUUUCUUCCACCUUCUCAGGUCGGAUUUCUAUUCUCCCUCUUGCUUUUCAAUAUUACUCACUCACGACCUCCACUUGGACAUCGUUCGGCCGCAGCGUUGCUUUUGAGCUUGCCCUGGAGCUCCGCAUUCUGCCCCAGACAAGGAUCCUCGAUAACAACAACCGUGCACCUGGCACCAUCGAUAUAAUACUCCUGACUGUUGCCUGUUUGGGGUUAUAUUCCCACUCGAUGUUCCCACCGAGACUUGUGUCAACCAAUUGCCUGAAAUCGAGGCAUUGACUAAUUCCAACUCAUCGUUCUAUCAAAAACAAUAUAAUAGCACAAUGUCUCCACCAAUUCGACCCUCAGCUUCACGGCGCCUCACGCGGGCAGAAACGUCAGAUGCAGAGGAAACGAGACAGAGCGAGCAAGCUGGACGCUCAGCUAGCAACUUACACGCGCAGCUUUCAGCAGCUGCUUUGCGACCACAACGACCAGACAACCAAUCUCGUGGACCAAGUAGACAGACCAGUAACGACGAUCUUCCUCGCCAAAGUCCUACAACUACCUCUACCCUGCAUCGCUCUUCCAAUUCGAAUACAUCCGAUCGGUCGUCAAGAGAUGGAUCUGUGGGGUCACUACAUAACAUACGGACGAGAGAUGCAAACGCUGCUGGGAUUGCGAUAGGCCAAGGGCUGUUACCACCUCCACCCAUACCGGCUUCACGUCCCUCUCCACGACCAUACAGUAUGAGGAAUGUUAGCUCGUCUACAAGUCUCUCAAGAAUGGCUACUCCGAGGUCUGUCAGAGAUCUUGGACGUGAUUUCGACAGAUACUACAAUCCUUUUGCGACUCCCGCUCAGUCAACAACCGAUCUGACUUCUCUACUGCCACGCCGCAGAUCUAUGGACAGUAGUCAGUACCAAGGUGGAGCUUCGGGACCGAUGUCCAGACGGAACUCGAAUCCGUUUAGUGAUGAAGAUCACCCUUCUCAACGUCUGGCAACGCCUUUCGCGGCUUCCGCCAUCAGUACUCCCAGAAAUGACUUUAUUGACGACAAUGAUCCUGAUCGGUCUUUCUUCCCAUAUCUAGACGACAGACUAGGCGCACCCGGAACAGAAGAUCAGGGCUACACAUUUCCUCUCUACUGGCACGAGAAAGAGUGGGAUGACGAUAUGCAUCUACCAAUGGUAGAUGAUGAUGUAAAACUCAAACCAACGCUACGGGAUCGCUUUUCGCGCAAAAACGUACUGGACACACUGGGGUUGGCGUUUAUGAUAAUCGGUCUCUUGAGUGUGUUUAUCAUGUUACCCGUGCUUAGUUGGUCUGGCAUAAACAUCAUUGGAUACAAUGAUACUCCAUUGGACCAGAUGUGGGGAUAUGGUGACAACGAACCGACGUGGGCAACGGUAAACGCAAGUCGGAAAUGGCCUUUACUGAAAAACAUGCGUACUGGAUUAAUCGACCCUGAUACACCCAAGACAGAAAGGAAAAGAGUUGGUGUCGAGGGCGAUGAAUAUCAAUUGGUGUUUAGCGACGAGUUUAAUGAUGUCAACAGGACUUUCUACCCUGGCGACGAUCCAUAUUGGUUUGCUCCAGACUUCUGGUACGGGGCUACUAGGGACUUGGAGUGGUAUGACCCCGACGCCGUAACGACCUGGGACGGAGCUCUACAUCUUCAACUCGACGCGUUCGAAAACCACAACCUCCGUUUCCGAAGCGGCAUGCUGAAUUCCUGGAACCAGUUGUGCUUCAAAGGCGGCAUCAUGGAAGUUUCUGUCUCUUUGCCUGGUCCAGCCGGUAUUCACGCUCUCUGGCCCGGCGUCUGGAGCUUAGGCAAUCUAGGACGACCGGGAUAUCUAGCGACUACCGAGGGAACGUGGCCAUAUACUUACAACGAAUGCGACGCAGGUAUAACACCCAAUCAAUCCGACUCCAGCGGCAUGAACAAACUCCCCGGCCAAAAACUAUCCUCCUGCACCUGCCCCAACGCCGACCAUCCUUCCCCCGGCGUAGGCAGAGGCGCCCCCGAAAUCGAUGUCAUAGAAGUCAGUGCCGAUUACUCCGGCCUCGGCCUCGGUGUAGCAACACAAAGCUAUCAAAUUGCACCCUUUGACACUUGGUGGUACCCCAACGCCGACUUUAUGGAAAUUCCUGAUCCAUCACUCAGUUUCCUCAAUACAUGGACAGGAGGGCCUUUUCAACAAGCUGUGAGUACGACGACGAUGUUAAAUAAUAAGUGGUAUGAUGGGGAGGAAUAUCAGAAAUUUGCCUUUGAAUAUGUUCCUGGUAGCACGGCGGACAGUUAUAUAGCCUGGACGGUUGCAGGGCAAGAAAUGAUGAAAUUCGACGCUAGGGCAAUUGGACAGAAUGGAAACAUUGGACAAAGGAUUAUAAGUGAGGAGCCAAUGAGUAUGAUUCUCAACCUCGGCAUCUCCGAAAACUGGGUCGACAUAAACUGGACAGCCGCCACGUUUCCAGCAAUAAUGCGUAUAGACUAUGUACGCAUAUACCACAAACCCGGAGAGGAGAGUAUAACCUGUGAUCCUCCCGGCUUUGAAACGACGGAAUACAUCAAGAAUCAUCCAGAGGCUUAUACGAAUCCUAAUUAUACUACAUGGGAGGACGCUGGGUAUGAGUGGCCGAGGAAUUCAUUGAUGCAUGGGUGUUGAGUUGUGUACAAAUACAAAGGCAAGCAUUGGCCGUUAUUAUACCAGGAUCCUGUACAAGGACACUGUCAAAGAUAUAGAGAAAGAGUUGUGGAGACAUCACUUAUAAUAUACUCCGUC